AUGACCCUUAUCUCCGGGGCCACCAGGUUCUGCUGGACUGUCCCUUCAUAUCCCCGGUUGAGACAGGAGACAGUCAGCGGGGAAGCGGACAAGGACUUUUCGGUGCAGCAAGGGGCCCAGGCGGGGCAUCCAAGCGCGAACACGCGGGCCAUUCCGCCCGGCACCCACAAUUCGUGCUCCGAGCAAACGAAUGUGCCUGCGCCACAGGCAGGAGAGACAUCCAGUGGGUAUACGCUGCCCCGGAAACGGUCCUGUCAAUCCGCGGUGGUACGAUCGCCUCCAAUCACGGCGCAGGAGCCCGGCCGGCAGUCCAACCAGAGCCGGGGGCGGGAGCGGGCGGCCGUUCGGUUGUCAGGGCCGAACGCCGCUUUCCUGGUGCGGGGCUGCCCACGCGGUCCCGCGGGUGUCCUGCUGGUGGUUCUCACCUCGGGGGGGCUGCUCAGGGCGCCGGCCGGACCCCCGGAGCGCGCGGAGUGGGGCCGGGAGAUGGCCUCGGUGGUCUUUGAGGAUGUGGCUGUGGCCUUCACCCCGGAAGAGUGGGCGCUGCUGGAUCACACUCAGAGGGGGCUCUACAGAGACGUGAUGCUGGAGACGUGCUGGAACCUGGCCUCUGUGGAAAACCAGGAAAUUUAUAACACCAGAGAUGAGUCCCGUACGCAGGAGAGACGUUUGAGGUGAGUGGCACUCCCACAAGAGGAUGGGGGAACCUUUGCAGAGUGUCAGAAUGACUUUAAAUUAAAGGAAAAGUACAAACCUAGCUCAGUAUGUCUC